AUGCCGGAAUCACUCAGUCGUCAAAAUUAUCACGAAGAAGUCGAAGCUGCUGUCAACAAGCAGAUCAAUAUCGAACUCUAUGCUUCUUAUGUCUAUCUGUCCAUGGCGUUUUACUUCGAAAGAGACGAUGUCUCUCUAUUGAACAUCUCCAAGUUUUUCAAGAAGCAGUCGGAUGAAGAACGCGAACACGCCACUGAGUUGAUGCGAGUCCAAAACCUUCGCGGAGGACGCGUUGUUCUUCAAGACAUCCAGAAACCGGAGAAGGACGAAUGGGGAAGCGCUCUUGAGGCCUUCCAAGCUGCUUUAUCUCUUGAGAAGUUCAACAACGAAUCGCUUUUGAAAUUGCACUCGAUUGCUGGAAGCCGCAACGACGCUCAUCUUACUGACUUUAUCGAGGAGAAAUAUCUUGAUGAGCAGGUCAGAUCGAUUAACCAGUUUGCUCACUAUGUGACCACUUUGAAGAGAGUUGGAAAAGGAAUGGGAGAAUUCAUUUUCGACAAAGAGGCUCUGGAAUGA